AAGUGUGUGCAAGAAGACGCCAUUAAAACCGUAGAAGAAGAAGUCGUACGCUGGCGGUUUGAUGACGCAAAGAGAGGGAAACCCAAAACACCAAAACACCACGACUGUCAGGAUAACUUUCUAAAGAGAAGACAAAAUGCAGAGGGCAUCCCGUUUGAAGCGUGAACUUCAGAUGCUGAGCACCGAGCCUCCACCAGGGAUCACAUGCUGGCAGACCGAGGAGAAGAUAGACGACCUCCAGGCUCAGAUUGUGGGUGGAACAGAAACUCCAUAUGAAGGUGGACUCUUCUCCUUGGAGAUCAAGGUCCCAGAGAGGUACCCAUUUGAGCCACCGAAAAUCCGAUUUUUGACCCCCAUCUACCAUCCAAACAUUGACAAUUCAGGACGAAUCUGCCAUGAUGCCCUCAAACUCCCUCCAAAGGGUGCCUGGAAGCCGUCCCUCAACAUCUCCACUGUCCUCACCUCCAUUCAGCUCCUCAUGGCUGAGCCCAAUCCAGACGAUCCACUCAUGGCUGAUAUUUCAUCAGAAUUCAAAUACAACAAACAGCUGUUUACUGAGAAAGCCCAGAAGUGGACACAGGAGCAUGCAGUUCAGAAGAAUAUGGGAGUUGUGGAGAACAACAAAGAAAAUAAUCCAGAUCAAGCCGCUCCAUUCCGCAAAAGAGAGGCACAACAGGAGUCAGAGGAGCCAGCAAAGAGAACCUGUGUUUAGUUAGUAUCUCAUUAGGUCCACACAGGUGUCUCUUCUCCACACCAUCGCUGCUUUCUUCACCUUCAGGAAUAUGACUUGAAUUGUUUUGUAGCUCCCACCAUCAUAUAUUUACCACGCUGCUUACCUAUGCCAAUGCCCAAAAUGAGACACAUUUAUAUAUAUAAUGGUUAUGUUAACGUUUUGAUAUUAAAGUUUUAUUUUGAACAAUUA